CCCAUCCCAAUCUCAUUAAUCCCUAAUUCCCUAAUUUCUCCAGUUUUCUCUGUAAUUCUUCUAUUCAUUUUCUCGUCUUCAAUGACUUCUCAAUCCCAAACCCAUCACAAGAAGCCCCCCAAACAACCCCUGAAAAGCCCACAAAAGCAAUGGUCCCUUGCCGAUUUCGAAAUUGGCAAACCCCUAGGCAAAGGAAAGUUCGGCCGUGUCUACCUCGCCCGUGAAAUCAAGAGCAAGUAUAUAGUGGCGCUGAAGGUGAUUUUUAAGGAGCAGAUAGAGAAGUACAGAUUGCACCACCAGUUGAGAAGGGAAAUGAAGAUCCAGACCAGUCUCCGUCACCCAAAUGUCUUGAGACUGUUUGGAUGGUUCCAUGAUGAGGAACGGAUUUUCUUCAUCUUGGAAUAUGCUCAUGGAGGUGAACUCUACAAAGAGCUACGGAAAUCUGGCCAUCUCUCUGAAAGACAAGCUGCCACUUACAUAGCGAGUCUCACACAGGCCUUGGCAUACUGCCAUGAGAAGGAUGUGAUUCACAGGGAUAUCAAACCAGAGAAUUUGUUACUCGACCAUGAGGGUCGGCUGAAAAUUGCUGACUUCGGAUGGUCUGUGCAAUCAAAAAACAAGAGACACACUAUGUGCGGAACUUUGGACUAUUUAGCACCAGAAAUGGUGGAGAAUAAGGCUCAUGACUAUGGAGUUGAUAAUUGGACUUUAGGCGUUCUCUGCUAUGAAUUUUUGUAUGGUGCCCCUCCAUUCGAGGCAGAAAGCCAGAAGGACACAUUUAGAAGGAUUAUGAAGGUUGACCUUAACUUCCCUGACUCCCCUCUCGUUUCUUCUGAUGCUAAAAAUCUCAUUAGCCAGCUUCUUGUAAAGGACUCGACAAAGAGGCUCUCCCUUCAGAAGAUCAUGGAACAUCCUUGGAUAGUUAAGAACGCUGAUCCCACGGGAACCUGCUCGAAUUAAUGUUGUGUUUUAUGUUCCAGUUUAGGAAAAUGGUGGAAUUGAACCUGUUGAAUCCGAGGUUCGAUAUUUUAACAAAAUAUGUACGAUGAUGAUUUUAGCUUGAAUUUAUAGUUUGUCCCAUAAUAUCUAUUUUGUGUCUGUCUGUUUAGUCUUGAAUACGUUUUCUUAUGUACUUACAUUGAUCUUGGUUCUUGGAAUCAUUUUCAUAAAUGUUAUAAAUACCUUGUU